CCCUUCCAGUUCCCCCGCUGCACCUCCGCGACUUCAUUUGGACUUCAUUUGGCGUGCAUUUCAGCAUCAUUUCAUUUCACUGCCAUUCCGGUUCCCUUCGUUUUUUAAAUUCGCCCUAAAUUUCGUCGCAUUUCAAUUUCAAUUUCGAAGAAGACGUUACUCUCUCUCUCUCUCUCUCUCUCUCUCUCUCAUGAACGACGCACUUCCCAUGUUUCCUCGGUUCUAUAGAUGGAGAUGGAAGCUCUGAAUCUCGCUUUCGCCGAAUCUCGUCUUCUGUGUUCAGAUUUCGCUAUUCUCCGUUUGGAUUGAUGAAAAAAAAAGCCUUUUCUCUUCCCGUUAUUUUUUUCUCGUCGGAUUUGGAAUUCGAUCUUCACCUCAUCCACUCGUAAUCGCUAUCCGAAGCAUGUGCGGUGGUCCAGAGAAAUCAAAGUCUCUUUCAACUCCAUCUUCAUCUGCGGUAGAAGGUUCAACUAACGGCAAAGACAUGAACAAAUUAACAGUUCAUGCUGCAGAUUCUUUUUCCUGCUUACUCGAGCUUGCUUCUAACAAUGAUUUUGAAGAUUUUAAGCUAGCUUUAGUUAGGGAUGUUUCUCUAAUAAGUGAAGUUGGCCUCUGGUAUGUUCGCCAGAUUGGGUCCAAACAAAUUGUUCUUGAGCACCGAACUCCUUUAAUGGUUGCUGCUAUGUAUGGGAGUAUAGAUGUUCUAAAACUUAUACUCUCAUGUCCGGAGACUGAUGUCAAUUUCUCCUGCGGGACAGAUAAAAGCACUGCCCUUCACUGUGCUGCAUCGGGUGGUUCUGUUAAUGCAGUUGAUAUUGUCAAAUUGCUCUUAUCAGCCGGUGCUGAUAUCAGUUGUGUGGAUGCUAAUGGAAAUCGUCCAGUUGAUGUUAUUGUUGUUCCUCCUAAGCUUGAAGGUCUGAAAGCAACCCUUGAAGAUCUACUUUCAGAUACUGCUUCUGAUGGGUCUAUUGGUGAGUGUUUUAUUCCAAUAUCAGGUAAUUCAUCAUGUUCUGAUUCAGCUGCUCAUUUAUCACCACCUGAAAAUGGGUUGCCAUCCUCUCCUAUGGCAUCAAAGUUUACUGAUGCAGCUGUUAAUUCUGUUUCUGACAAGAAAGAAUAUCCAAUUGAUCCAUCACUUCCUGAUAUAAAGAACAGCAUUUAUGCAACAGAUGAGUUUCGCAUGUUUUCAUUCAAGGUGCGACCUUGUUCCCGGGCAUACUCUCAUGAUUGGACUGAGUGUCCUUUUGUUCACCCUGGAGAGAAUGCUCGUAGGAGAGACCCCCGAAAGUUCCAUUACAGCUGUGUGCCAUGCCCUGAUUUUAGAAAGGGGGCCUGUAGGCGUGGGGACAUGUGUGAAUAUGCUCACGGAGUAUUUGAGUGCUGGCUACACCCAGCUCAAUAUCGGACAAGGCUGUGCAAAGAUGGUACUAGUUGCAAUAGAAGGGUAUGUUUUUUUGCUCACACAGCAGAAGAGCUGCGUCCAUUAUAUGUGUCCACUGGAUCUGCUGUUCCCUCGCCUCGCUCAUCUGCCUCUACUCCAAAUGUCAUGGACAUGGCUGCUGCAAUGAGCCUCUUUCCUGGUUUGCCGUCAUCAAUUUCUUCCAUGUCUCCAUCUCCCUUUGCACAGCCAAUGUCUCCAUCCACAAGUGGCAUUUCUCAUUCAUCUAAUGCUUGGCCACAGCCAAAUGUUCCAGCUCUUCAUUUACCAGGAAGCAAUAUUCAAACUAGCCGAUUGAGAUCUUCUCUUAGUGCUCGUGACAUGCCACCUGAAGACUUGGAUGUGUUGCAAGAUUUUGAUGGCCAGCAACACCUUUUGAAUGACUUAGGCUGUUUCUCGCAGCCCCAUCCUGGUGGCAUUUCAGUGAGUCGAUCUGGUCGGUCCAAGACACUAACUCCAUCAAAUCUUGAUGAACUAUUUUCUGCUGAGAUUUCUUCAUCUCCCCGGUAUUCUGACCCAGCAGUGGCUUCUGUAUUUUCCCCAACACACAAAUCGGCUAUUAUGAAUCAGUUUCAACAGCUUCAAAGUUCAUUAUCACCCAUAAAUACAAGUGUCUCGUCUCCUAGGAAUGUUGAGCAUCCUCUAUUCCAGGCUUCAUUUGGUGUCUCUUCUCCUGGAAGGAUGUCACCAAGAAGUAUGGAGCCAAUCUCUCCAAUGAGCUCUCGAUUAUCAUUUGCUCAGCGUGAGAAACAGCACCAACAGCUGCGAAGCCUUAGUUCAAGGGACCUUGGUGCCAACAUUCCUGUCUCAAUGGUUGGGUCCCCAGUUAACUCCUGGUCUAAUUGGGGUUCUCCUCAUGGCAAUGGAAAAGUAGAUUGGUCAGUAAAUGGAAAUGAGCUAGGUCGAUUGCACAGGUCAUCAUCGUUUGAGCUUGGAAACAAUGGGGAGGAGCCUGAUCUAUCCUGGGUUCAAUCCCUUGUCAAGGAAUCUCCAUCUGAGAUAAAAGAGUUGGGAGGUUCUGGCCCUGUUGCAUUUGCUGAUGGACCGAGUUCAAAUCCUCAAGUUGAGUCUGUUGAUCAUUCCGUUCUAGGAGCCUGGCUUGAGCAAAUGCAGCUGGAUCAGCUUGUAGUCUAAUCAAACUGACCCAUUCCAUCUUGUGAUAGGUAUUUCAUUUUACUACGUAUUCUUUUUGUCAAUUUUUUUUUGGGUGGAGCAAGGAGAGGGAAUGUAAUGAUAGUACUGAAGCAAGGAGAGAUGGCUACAAAGUUCCCGAAUGAUAAUCUAUUUUUUUCCCAUUAUUUUGUCAUUCAUUGUUUUACUAUAGAGCUUCAGGGGGGAGGGGUAAGAAGCCCGCCCUCUCUCUGGGGUGCGAUGAUAUCCCCGUAAAGAUGUUCUUCCUUAAAAAAUCUAGUUUCAGGACUCUUUUCUUUCAUUUUAUUCCGAGCCAAGCAAAACCAAGAGCCUCAUUUGUAUUCAAGUUCGUUUUCUUGGUAGGAAUCUGUUAGUAUAUUGCUAUUGCAUGUAUAGAAGACUAGAGCGUGUUUCUUGUUAAGGAAUUAGAGGUGAUCUGCGCCAUUGAAUAUUCAUUGCUGGCAGAUUGUUUAGAUAUAGUGAAGGCUACUGUGUAUGUAUUGGUUAUUUUUCAAAUUUAAUGUAACGGUUCAUUUAUGGGUAUUAUU